AUGUUCCUAGUGUGUGUCGCAGCAAGCCUUGAAUCCAAGGGAGGGAUGAGGGAGAGGAGACGGAGUGUGCAAAGGACAAUAAGACGAUUUAUGGUGAUGGAGCACAGGACAAGCGAAAAUUCGAAUACUGUAUCGGGAGAUGUUGAGGAGACGGAUGAGGCCAUCAUGGACAAGUUUUUCAUCGUGCAGGGCCGUAUGCUUAUGUCGCUGUUUCGGUUUUGUCCUCAGUGUGGCUGCCGCCUAGGGAAGGCACAGCUGAAGGCAGAGGAGGGAGCUGCUGCUGUCGUUCAGUAUGUGUGCAGUACGUGUUCAGCGAAGAAAUGGGAGAGCCAACAACGUGUCCUGGCCCAUCCAAGAGAACGGAACGGGAAGGAAAUGCUGUAG